UCAUGUGACAUGGGAUGAGUCAUAUAUGAUGCGCACUGAGGAGAAGAGCAUCUCAUUCCCUGCAAACUCUGCAAACUCAGAGAGCUCUCCCUCAGAGCUCGGGCUGCGGUGGAGCUGGAGAGCAUCUCAUCUGUUCGCACAGAGAGGAACACCUGCGCCAACUAUGUGAAGGUUUCCUUCAGAGCAUCUGUGACCAUGCUGUUCCCUGCCUCCAAGUCCGAUGUUAAAUCCGUUCUGGAUGGAGUGGCAGAAACCACCUUCAGAACCAUCACUUCUGGACUGCAGUACAUUGGUUCUAACGACGUCGGCUAUGAUGACCACAUCAAAAGCGCCAAAAGCGGAUACCCACUGCCGAAGCCGUUCGCAGCCUACCGCAGAAGCUCUUUCGCAGAUAAAGUGGGACCAAAUGAGGAACUCAUCGUAAAAGGUUUGCCCUUUUACCCCACGAACAGCUCUGACGUGUUUGGGAACUUCAGCCUCGGAGAUGAAGGGAGCAGUCUGCAGUGCGGGGAGAACUUUAUGGACAUGGAAUGCUUCAUGAUACUGACUCCUAGCCAACAGCUCGCCAUAGCAGUGUUGUCUCUCACGCUGGGGACUUUUACAGUAUUGGAGAACCUUGUGGUCCUGUGCGUGAUACUGCAGUCACGUACCCUGCGCUGCAGGCCAUCUUACCAUUUCAUUGGUAGCCUGGCCAUCGCAGACCUGCUUGGCAGCGUGAUCUUCGUCUACAGUUUCUUGGACUUUCACGUCUUUCACCGCAAAGACAGUCCGAACGUGUUUCUGUUCAAGUUAGGGGGUGUGACGGCCUCGUUCACCGCGUCUGUGGGAAGCCUGUUCCUCACCGCCAUCGAUCGAUACAUUUCUAUCCACCGUCCGCUGGCGUACAGGCGCAUUGUGACGCGCACCAAAGCCGUGAUCGCCUUCUGCAUGAUGUGGGCGAUCUCCAUUAUCAUCGCCGUGCUGCCGCUGCUGGGCUGGAACUGCAAGCAGCUCAACUCGGUCUGCUCUGACAUCUUUCCGCUCAUCGACGAGAACUACCUGAUGUUCUGGAUCGGCGUGACCAGCGUUCUGGUCAUCUUCAUUAUCUACGCUUACAUGUACAUCCUCUGGAAGGCCCACCACCACGCGGUGAGGAUGCUGCGGCGCACGUCUCAGAAGAGCCUGGUGGUCCACUCCUCCGACGGCACCAAGGUCCAGACCGCCAGGCCGGAUCAGGUUCGCAUGGACAUCCGCUUGGCCAAAACGCUGGUUCUGAUCCUGGCGGUGUUGGUGAUCUGCUGGGGGCCUCUGUUGGCGAUCAUGGUGUAUGAUCUGUUCUGGCGGAUGGAUGACAACAUUAAGACAGUGUUUGCGUUCUGUACUAUGCUCUGCCUGCUCAACUCCACCAUUAACCCAAUAAUCUACGCUCUCAGGAGUAAAGACCUCCGGAGGGCCUUCCUUGCCACCUGCCAGGGCUGCAGGAGCACCUCCAGCACGACCCUGCAGCUGGACAACAGCCUGGAGUCAGAUUGUCAGAGGAACCAGCACAUCACCGCCAAGCGUGCGGCCGAGAGCUGUGUGAAGACCACUGUGAAAAUAGCCAAAUUGACAAUGUCCGUCUCAGCGGAGACAUCGGCUGAAGCUGUUUGAUUGUACCGCGGGGUGUUGUUCGGCUGCACCUCGUCUUUAAAGAAUGUCUGUUUACUUGCCGGUCAUGGAAAGGUACAUGCAAGUAUCCAUGCAUAAAGUUCAAAACACAAAGCUGCUUAAGUUACCACUGGUUUGAUUAAGUGUUCACUAUGACGUUUCAUUGCUUAAGUGCCAAAUUUGAUUUUUUUUUUGUUUUCUCUCAGAAGAGGUUCCCACCCAGUAAAUGAAUUUGUUGGGGCUUUGUUGUUGUUGUUGUUUGCCCUUAUAUUUAAUUGUAACGUGUGG